CGGGGACGCCUCCUGGAAUGCCUGACCUGGUGGUGGAGCAAGCCUCAGGAAUGGCAGACUGGUGGAACCCCGCCCUACGGAAACGCAUGCUGAGCGACAGCGGGCUGGGAAUGAUAACUCCACACUAUGAAGACUCAGAUUUGAGGGACCUGAGCCACUCCCGUGUGCUACAGUCACCAGUCUCUUCAGAGGAUCACGCAAUUUUGCAGGCAGUAAUAGCUGGUGAUCUUAUGAAGCUAAUAGAAAGCUAUAAAAAUGGAGGCAGUCUGCUAAUUCAGGGACCAGACCACUGUUCACUCCUUCACCAUGCAGCUAAAACCGGCAACGGGGAGAUUGUGAAAUAUAUCCUUGACCACGGUCCUUCCGAGUUAUUGGAUAUGGCAGACAGCGAAACGGGUGAGACCGCACUGCACAAGGCUGCCCGCCAGCGGAACCGGGCUGUGUGCCAGCUUCUGGUGGAUGCGGGAGCAUCUCUGAGAAAGACGGACUCCAAGGGUAAGACACCUCAAGAGAGAGCACAGCAAGCCGGAGACCCGGAUUUGGCUGCUUACCUAGAAAGCCGCCAGAACUAUAAGAUCAUUGGCCAUGAGGACCUGGAAACUGCUGUUUGACCCUGGUAGAUCACAAAGAGAACCUGAGCGAG